AUGAAGGUCAUUGGUAGACGCUCGUUUGACAGCGGCAGACCCUCAUCAGCCGGGAAAGGGCCCUGGGAUUCUCCUGCUGCUGACGGCAAUUCCCAGAGCGGGAGGCUCGGCGAUGGGAGGUCCGGCGACGGGAGGUUCGGCGACGGGGGGUUCGGCGACGGGAGGUUCGGCAGCAGCAGCGCGAUUCUGCAUGAGAGAGGGAGUGAGGCGAGCAGGAGCAGGGGAGGGGAGGCGAGCGGGCGGGCCGGCAUAGUCCAGAGGAGCAGAACGAGAGACAGCAUCACGGACUAUGAACCUUUUCCUGUUGGCAGAGCCGAGGGCUUUCAAGUGUACGAGAGAGGGGCUGAGGCGAGCAAAAGCAGGGGAGGGGAGCCAGGCGGGCUGGGCGGCACAGUCCGGAGGAGCAAUACGAGAGACAGCAUCACGGACUACGCACCGGUUCCCACAGGCAGGACGGAGGGCUCGCAGGAGAGGGGUGUGUAUGAUAUCGCGCCCGUGAGCCGGAGAGUGGGCGGGAAAGCGGCGUACGAGGGGAAAGCGGUGAAUGAGUUCAUUCCUACAGGCAGAGCGGUUUUGCAGAGGCAUGAAACGGAUCCAGCAGAGAGAACAGGGCGCUUGCAAGCAGCGGGUGAAGCGGCGGGUACAGGCAGAGGAAGGAGCGGGGCGGAUUAUGGACCACCUCUCAUCGUCACCCGGAGUGGUGGCUUGCAGGGUGUGGGUGGAGGGGUGGAGGAGAAGGUGCCACGUAACUCGUCCCUUUCCCCCUUGGCUUCAGCCAGGGUAGCCGCAGCAGCAGCAGCAGCAGGCGCAGCAACAGCAGCAGCAGACGCAGCUAUAGCAGCAGGAGCAACAGCAGCAGCAGGAGCAACGGGAACAGCUGCAGGGCGCGUGAGAGCGGUUGGGGUAGGCAGUGGAUCGCUCAUGUCGUUGAAAGACGAGCUAGCAGCUUAUGAUGAGAGCGACGAGGAGGAAGAGGCGGUCAUCAGACCUCGUGUGGGUAAUUCGCAGGGCAGAGGCACCAACAGCAGUGGGACCGUGACAGGCGCACAGGGAGGCGAGGCAGGACAGGGAAGCCCUUCUGCUCUCCCCACAGCAGAAGGCCUUUCACCUCUCCCCACAGCAGGGACCGCAGUGGAAUGCCGCCAGUUCUCCCCGGACCAGCUCACCCGAGCCACCAACAACUGGGCAGCAGAAAACAGGCUCGGCCGAGGCUCAUUCGGCACGGUGUACAAGGGACGUCUCUUAGGCUGCAUGGUGGCAGUCAAACGGCUGGAAGGCGGCGGGUGGCAGGGCAGUGCGGAGUAUAGAAUGGAGGUGGAGGUGUUGUCUAGGAUGCGGCACCCGCAUAUAGUGCUGCUCAUGGGUCACUGCCCUGAUGAGAUGAGCCUUGUGUAUGAGUACCUGCCUGGAGGGAGCUUACAGGAUUUUCUUGAUGUGAUUGCUGCUGGGAACAGCAAGGGUGGUGGUGUGGGUGGUGCGGGUGGUGUGGGUGGUGUGGUUGGUGCGGGUGGUGCGGUUGGUGCGGGUGGUGCGGUUGGUGCGGGUGGUGUGGUUGGUGCGGGUGGUGUGGGUGGUGGCAGUGGGGGAGGGGGGAGCGGUCGGGGUGGGAGAAAGCCGUUGACUUGGUUUGACCGGGUGAGAAUCUUAUCCGAGGUGGCUGGUGCGCUGAUGUACCUUCACCAGAACGACCCGCCCAUAGCGCACCGGGACUUAAAGCCUGACAACAUUCUCCUCGAUACAAGCCUCGCCUCUAAGGUCGCCGACGUGGGCCUCGCGCGGUUACUCAGUGACGUGGAAAAUGUAACCGCGCGUGUGAGAGGCACAGUGGGGUAUAUAGACCCGGAGGAGCUUGAGACUUGUGAGAUUUCGGUUCUUUCGGAUGUAUACGCGUUUGGGCUGAUAGCGCUGCAGCUGCUGCUAGGAGAGCCGAAUGUGAAGGAGUUGCAUCGGAGGCUGGGGAGGAUACAGGAGUGGAUAGGGAAGAGCAUGGGUGGGGUAGGGUUGGGAGGAGUGGGCAUGCGUGGUGGUGGGUUUCAACCGGUAGAGAUGGAUAGUACGAGGGUGCUGGCUCGGACUGUUGAGGAGAUAGUGAGGGAGGUUGAUGUUUCGGGGGGGCAAUGGCCCCUGCCAGUGGCUCGGAAGCUGACGGAGCUGGCGCUCUGGUGUGCGGUUCGGCAGCGGGAGGCUCGGCCGAACCUGGUGGAGGUGGUACAGCCGGCGAUGGGAGAGGUGAUGGAGGAGGCGGAGGUGGAGAUGGGGAAGAGGAGGAGGAGCUUCGACGAGCAGUGCAUGUGCCCGCUGUCGCAGAAGCGCAUGACAGACCCCGUGGUGGCAGCGGACGGAUUCACAUACGAGCGCAGCAGCAUCGAGCGCUGGCUGCUCUCCAACUCUGUCUCGCCGCGCACCGGCCAGGCGCUCCCCCACAAGCACCUCACGCCCAACCACACGCUCAAGCUGCUGCUGCUCCAGGGCCACUAG